ACUGACUGUAUUGAGCUGCCUGCUGCCCCCACACCUUGACCCUUCCCAUCAUCACAGCACAACCAGAAAAAUAAUAAAACACUUAAAAUUAAAAAUUAAAAAAAAAUUAUGAAAUUGCUGGAGCUAAAGCAAAAAGGAACCCUUCUUGAUCUUUUUUGCUCUUCAUCCCUUUUCCUUUUACAUUCCCAUUUCAAUCUUCCUCCAGAUCCAUUUCAGCCUCCGCAAUCUUCCUAUUUCCGCCCACAUUUUCGAAAACCCACUCCGAAUUUUCUGAAAAUUCCCCCGAUUUUGCUUCAAAAUCUCAUUUUUUUAGGGUUCAUAGUGUGAGCUGUUUAGAAACCCUAGGUUUUGUUUCAUUACUAUUUUUCGAGGAACCUAAAGUUAAGCUCCCUUUAUAUGAAAUUUUUCGCUUUUAUUCUCGAAUUUAGGUUCCUUUUUUCCCUCAAAUUAAUUUAGGGUUCUUCCCCUUCCCUUCUCCAGAGACCCUAUUUUUGAGCUUAGAGAGGAAAUUUGGGAGUAAAAAAGGCUCAAUUUUGAGAUGGCGACAAGGGGAAGCAGAUCGGAGAAAGUGAAGAGAAUCUUCCAGCAGUUCGACAUUAACCGAGAUGGCGGGUUGAAUAGGGAGGAGAUGGCAGCUCUUGUGGUGGCAGUAAACCCUCGGGUGAAGUUCAGCGACGAACAAAUUAAUGCUAUUCUGGACGAGGUUUUCCGGACAUACGGCGAGUUUAUCGAUGGCGAAAAGGGUCUUACGUAUGACGGGCUAUUGCGGACGUAUGACGACGGCGCCGGCGAUGUGGACCGGGAUUUUGAUGCAUUGGGCCUGGAGCUCAAGCCGGAAGCAGUUGGGCCUGGCGGGGCUUCCGAAGAAGUUGCUUCGACUUCUUCAAUUGCAGAAGAACGGGUUAUCGAACCCCACAAGAAGCUGAGGACGGCAGCUUGGGCAGCUUCUCCAAACCACGGCAUUGUGUUUGAUGACACGUGGAAGUUGGUGGAUGAUCUUGAUAGUUCAAUUGUGAAGUUAAGGACUAAAGGGAAAGAUGGGAAGCUGAAGAAUGAUAAUUCGGAUAUGUUUUCGGACCCGGGUUGGUCCAGAGAAUUGGGUCCCUCAACUGAUUCUUCUGAAAAAAAGGUGUUUUGGGAGGAGUCCAGUCAUGAUUAUGCAGUUUUCUUGAAGGAGCUGGGUGCGUUAAGGUCGAGGGCCGAUGGGGCAAGAUCGAGGGAGGAAGCAUUUGAUGGGCAUAUGGCCUUAGGAAGGGUUCUGUAUGAUUACCAUAUGUAUAAGGAGGCUCUUGUGUGUUUCAAGAGGGCUUGUGAGUUGCAACCCACUGAUGUGAGACCUCAUUUCAGGGCUGGAAAUUGUUUGUAUGUGCUUGCGAAGCAUGGCGAGGCAAAGGGGGAAUUUUUACAGGCUUUGGAGGCAGCUGAGACGGGUGGAAAUCAGUGGGCGUAUUUGCUUCCUCAAAUACAUGUGAAUUUGGGAAUUGCUCUUGAAGGUGAAGGUAUGGUUCUUAGUGCUUGUGAGCAUUACAGGGAGGCUGCUAUUUUAUGUCCAACACAUUAUAGGGCUUUGAAGCUUUUGGGUAGUGCUUUAUUUGGUGUAGGCGAGUUUAAGGCCGCAGUUAAGGCCUUAGAAGAGGCAAUUUACAUGAAAAAUGAUUAUGCGGAUGCCCAUUGUGAUUUGGCCUCAGCUCUGCAUGCUAUGGGGGAUGAUGAUAAUGCAAUUAAGGAAUUUCAAAAGGCUAUUGAUUUGAAACCCGGUCAUGUAGAUGCUCUGUAUAAUUUGGGUGGCCUUUACAUGGAUAUGGGCAGGUAUCAAAGAGCAUCUGAGAUGUACACCAGGGUGCUGGCUGUUUGGCCAAAUCACUGGAAAGCACAACUCAAUAAGGCUGUAUCAUUGCUAGGGGCUGGUGAAACUGAGGAAGCUAAAAAAGCUUUGAAGGAGGCUUUGAAGAUGACUAAUCGGGUCGAGUUGCAUGAUGCAGUCGCGCAUUUGAAACAGCUCCAAAAGAGGAGGUUGAAAGGUAAUGGGAAUGGUAAUGGGGAGGAGUCGUUCAUAAUUGUGGAACCAUCAAAGUUUAAGACUGUGGGGGAAAGGACUAUGUUAAGGCCAGAUUUAGCAAAUGCACUCGAUAUUAGGACUUUCCAGAAGGUUACCAGGCUAAACCGAUGUGAUGUGGACCUCAUUAAGAAGCAGAUCAAUGAAAGUGACGUUCCAGUCUCUUACUCUGGCAGUGGUUUACCUGAGAAAUCCAUGCGUAAGGCAGCACUAGAAGUGAUUCUUCGGAAGUUACUAAGUUUCUUGAAGCCUGAGACCUUUGUGGGAGCUGUGAAAGCAAUAAACCAGAAAAUCCUCUCCAUGUUGGAUGAAUCAGAGUCCGGUAGGGUGGAUUUGGGUUUGUUUUUUGCUGUCAUUGCCCCUUUAUGUGGAGGUACACCAGAUAGACGGAAAAGAGUGGCAUAUGAUGCACUUUUGUGGCGGCCUGUCAAUGAAGAAGGUAGCACGCAGAUAAAGAGAAGUGAUGCUCAAAGGUAUAUAAAGCUAUUGAGGGCCAUCUACAUACCUUCUCAAGGUGUCAGUGAAAUGCUCGAGAUUCAUGGAGAGGCAGAUGCAAGUCUUGUUACUUUAACAGAGUUCAUCACAAUGUUUGAUGAUCAAGAUUGGGGUUUCGGAAUUAUGUCAACCCUGUUAAAGCUAGAGACUGGGGACAGAAAUCGUCAUGGCAGGCAUAUUUGUGCAACUUGUAGGUAUCCCAUCAUCGGGUCGCGAUUUAAAGAAAUAAAAUCACACUUUAGUCUAUGCAGUCAAUGUUACAGUGAAGGAAAAGUUCCUCCCACCUGCAAGCUAGAAGAGUACAGAUUCAAGGAAUAUGCAAGUGAAGCAGAAGCAGUGAAAGAUAAAUGUCUGUGGUUCGGUCUUCAUUCCAAAAAUCCUUCCGGACAAACUUCUGGACCUUCUGCUGCCGUCCCUAGCUAGGUGGGUAAUACUAUUGUGGUUUUAAUAGAUUGGUUGUUCAGUGUGAGUUGAUUAGCUCGUGAAUGCAUUUAGUGGGUCUGUAACCUUGUACAAUAAAGUCCUGUCUGGUCAUAUAACCCUGAGUUCAUGUUAUGGCAGUCACUGUAUAGGUUCUUUUUCCUUUGUUGGCUUGUUUCUGACCUCUUACUAGGUACAUUGACAUUUCUCAACCAAAAUUUUUAUUGUAAAGAUGAUCACAUUCGUUUGCGUUCUGAUCGUAUGACAGGAUAUUGACCAUGAAUAGAGUUCAUUGCCCAGUUAGUACUGUUUGAUUAUGAGUGCUUAGUUUUCUUCUUUGUACCUAGACCUGAAAUCGGGUGGAAAAGGUUGUUUCUCCAAUUGCAGAGCAUGCUGCAGUUCAAAGAUGA